AUGGCUUUGCUCAGCGUCUUCAAUAAGCUCGACGCGGCUUCUCUAGCUCCCCUCCUGCAAUGGAAGCUUCUCAUCUUGGCGGCGAUCCCGCUCGCCGUGGUCUUCUACCUGAGGAGGUCGAAGGCUGAUCCCCUCGACAUCAAGCUAUUUUCACAUUUCCCGCAACCUGAGGAGGCCGACCCGAACAGAGGACAUUGGCCAUGGAUCGAGAAGGCCGCUGCGCUGGGCGACCCUCGAAGGUCUUUCGAUGAACUCCUCUACGAACAAGCUCAGAAGCUUGGCUUCCCUCCCGUUCUCCUGGUUGACUGGCGCCCGAUGGAGUCUUUCAUGAUUCUCUUCAUUCUCAACAACGAUGUCGCAGAGCAGGUCACCAAGCCCACGAAGCAGUACAGCACUAGUGUCCCCAAGCACCCGGCUAUGCAAGAUCUUGCUCCCUUGGUCGGAGCGCGAUCUCUUGUCACCACUGACGGCGAGGAAUGGAAGGGUCUUCGCAAGAGAAUUUUGCCUGGCAUGCAACCUCAGCACCUGCUUUCCCUGGUCAAGGUGAUUCUGGACAAGACGGAGCUUUUCAUUAACCUGAUGGAGGAGAAGGCUGCUUCCGGAGAGGCCUUCAACAUUGACGAGUACACCACGAACCUGGCUUUCGACGUCAUUGGAAUCGUGACUUUCGACAUGGACCUCAACGCUCAGGUUGAGGGCAAGCAAAGCAAGGUCUUGACGACAUACCGCGCGUUAUCUCACGCUUACAUCAAGCGCGAGCUGGGCAAGCACUGGCUUCGGAGAUACUUCUCGGAGAACGAGCGCAAGAUCAGACGUCUCGACAAGGAACUCGACGCUAUCCUCAAGGAAGAGAUUAUCAGACAGCACAAGGACUUCAAGGCCGGCCUCGCGACUGCAUCCCGCAGUGUAGCAGCGCUGAGUCUUCACGACAUCGACGUAUUGACCCCCGAGGUUCUCCAGCAGACCAGCGACACUUGCCGAGGAUUCCUGUUUGCCGGCCACGACACGACCAGUAUUCUGCUGCAGUGGUGCUUCUAUGAGCUUCACAGACGCCCGCAGUCUGCCAAGGAUCUGAAGGAAGAGCUCGACGAGGUUUUCGGUCCCGACCCCAGCCCCAAGUCCGUCAUCGAGCAGCUCUCUGGUCCCCAGGCCGGAAAGCUCUUGGCCCGACUCCCUUACACCGACGCCAUUAUCAAGGAGGCCUUGCGUCUCCACCCGCCCGGAACCACCGCUCGUGUCGCGCCCAAGGGUGCCAACUACACCAUCACCCUGCCCAAUGGCCAGCCCCUUGUUGUCGACGGUCUCUGCUUGAGCCCGCGAGCCUACAUCAUUCAGAGAGACCCCAAGAUCUUCGGAGAGACCAAGGACGAGUUCAGGCCCGAGCGCUGGCUCGGCCCCGACGCCGCCAACAUUCCUGACAGCUCCUUCAGACCGUAUGAGAGAGGCCCCAGACGUUGCACCGGAUCCGAGCUUGCAAACCUGGAGUCCAAGGUUGUGCUGGCGAUUAUCGCGAGACAUUUCGAGUUUGUCAAGGUUGGCUUGGGCGAGCUGGAUCUCACAGAAGAUGGAAAGCCUCAACUCGAUGACAGAGGAUACUACAAGACCAAGGGAACCCUGUUCUCUACCGAUCUGGUUACUUCGAAGCCUGUUGACGGCAUGCACUUGAGAGUCGAGCUCAAGAACAAGCCCAAGGCUUGA